UGGGGGCAGGGCAGGGCAGGGCAUGAAAAGGUCAUUCCCUGACAGGGCACCAGGGCUAAAUCCCUCCCUUUGUGCUGCCCCCCACACAUGGCCCUGCCCACCCCACCAUGUGUCCUGAGCUCAGCCCAGAGCCCUGCCUCACAAUAGCUGCCCAUGUCAGCUGGGCCCCAGGGUCCCACGUCUGCAUCCCAGGGUGUGAUGGCCGCUCAGUUCUUCACCUACAAGGGGAUCCCCUUCCCCUGCCUGGAGUAUUCACCUGAGACACUCGACUACGUGGACAGACAGUUCCAGGUGCAGGACGAUGACAUCUUCAACAUCACCUACCCCAAAGCAGGCACCAACUGGAUGCUGGAGAUCCUGAGCCUGAUUCGGUGCGAUGGAGACCCCAGUUGGGUGCGCAGUGUGCUGAACUUGAGGCGGGCCCCCUGGAUCGAGACCAACAGGGGGCUGCAGAUUGCCCUGAGGUACCCACCGCCCCGGCUUCUCAGCUCACACCUGCCCAUCCAGCUCUUCCCCAGGUCCUUCCAGGGCUCACAGGCGAAGGUGAGCAGGGUCAUUUACACCCUGCGCAGCCCCAAAGAUGUGCUGGUCUCACUCUAUCACUUCUCCCAGGCCCUGCACCUCUACAAGGACCCUGGACCCAUGGAUGCCUUCUUGCAGGAUUUUCUCAGCGGCAACCUCCACUACGGCUCCUGGUUCGACCACGUGGCUGGCUGGCUGGGUCUUCGGGGCCAAAAGAACUUCUUCUACAUCACCUAUGAGGAGCUGCAGCAGGACCUUCAGGGAAGUGUGGUGAGGAUCUGCCACUUCCUGGGGAAGAAGCUGAGUGAAGAGCAAAUAUCCUCAGUGGUGAAGAACGCUUCCUUCCAAACCAUGCGGGAGAACCAGAUGUCCAAUGGUUCACAGAUCCCUGAUGAGUACAUGGAUCACCAGAAAGGGCAGUACCUUAGGAAAGGGGUGUCUGGAGACUGGAAGAACUUGCUGUCAGAGGAGCAGAGCCACCGCAUCACCACCAUGUCCUGCGAGCAGCUGCAUGGGCUUGGUAUUGCCUUUCCCUGGGACUGACAUACCCCCAGGGCCCCUCUGUGCAGCUCUAGCCAGGGUAUGAGCCAACACACCCCUCCCCUAAGCCCCACAGCUGCUGUAAACCCAUAGAGGUGCUGUCAAUUCUCCAGAGAAGAGUCUGAGACUGGCAUAGGGGUGCACUCCAGGCACAUGCACCCCAGGCAACUGCAGGCCAUGAGGGGAGCGCCUUGGUCCUAGGUCCCCCCAUCACUUCCACAGCAGCCCUGUGCCAGGAUGCACUUGAUCCUCUUCUCUAUACCUUCCAUGCCCUUGCUAAGAGAACCCAGCUGAGCCACCUCACCCAGGCUUUCUUUGCCCCAUGGGUCAGCCCAGGCCUGCCCCCAUCAACGCUGAGCCUGCCCCAGGGCUGCUAGCAACAGAGCCAGGCACCGUCUUCUGUUCAGUGGAGCACUGACUGGCUUAAACAUGCAGUUCUGGGGCAGCCCAAGCUGUUGGCUUAGUGUGGGUCCAGGUCCCUGCAGAGGCUCCAGCACAACACCCAUAACCAGGACACUCAGGCCCAUAACAGCAAACUGCAGUCAUGGGUCCUGAACGUGCUGUUGGCCAUUCUUUGGGUAUUUGAAGUCUGUUAUCAAGUCCCCUGGGCCAAUCUGUUGGGGCAGGGUGGGGAACAGGGGGACUGUGAACAGACAGAGAGACAGAAUGGCCUGUAGAGGGGCUUGUAGGGAGGCAUAAGGGACUGGGGAGACAGACAGAGAGUUCAUAUGGGACAGACACUGGGUGUGGGGGAAAAGAAAGAAAGAAAUGUAGGCAUGGGGAAGGGUAGACACAGCCAGAAGAGGGCCCGUGGAUGAGCAGGACACUUUUCUGUGAGACGUGUAGGACUCUUCAAACCUUGGGGACUGUGUGGGAGCCAUUUUGAAUCUCUUUGAGCAAGUGAUGGAAUAACGGCAACACUGGACAGACAAAUAGACUUCUCUGGGGCCCAAGUGAGCACCGAGGAUACUGGGAUGGUCUUGACUGCCCCAAGCAACCUUUCUAAAUGCUGCAGACUAAUCUCUGUAUUGCUUAGACUUCUUAUUGUAGGGGCUUCCCCUGCAAGGACAACAGCAGUCAGUGUGCCCCAGUGGUAGAAUAAGUGCUGGGACUCUAAAUGCAAAGACAAUCCCUGCAGAGGUGUGCCCAGAGACCUCUUUCCAUGCACUGACCAUAGAGGGAUGGUUCUGGGUGUGGGUGUAGCUCUGAAGGACUGGUGACUGGCUCUGCCUUCUGCUCCCAGGAAAGCAUGGGGGCAGUGUAGCUCACCUCAGGGUGAUGGACAGCAAAGGAAAGGAGCAAGUACCAGAAAAACUUGCAGGAACUAGGCUCAGCACUGGGCCAGAGGAAGGUCAAUGGGGCAGGGGACAGGGAGGCGGGGAGCUAAGCUAGGUUGUGUGCCAGGUAUGAGAACAGAUUGGGGCAAGGGCACCCUUAAAGGGCCCCAUGACCCAUUCCCACCUCCUGAUCCAGCCAGUGACCCUUCCUGGGGGCUGGAUCAGGCCCAUCACCCCAUGGAAAGGAAAGGCCCCAACCCUGCUCCCUUUCCCAGAAGCCAGCUAGUGCCUGAGCCCUGGGGCAUCCCUGAAGGGACCAGAAAGGGUUUUUUUGAGCCCUCCAAACCCUGUUAUCCAACACCUCUAGAGCUGAUCCCUCCACCCUUUGAGCCACCCUUGGCCUGUGCCUGCUGUUUAUUUCUCUGAGUUGGGAGCUGACACUACCACAUGCCAUCCCACCAAAUCCCUCCAUCGUGGAACACCUCAACCUGCCCCGCUCCUCCUUCCCAGUCUGACAUUGCCUCCCCAGAAAGGGUUGUCACCAGCCAACACCCUGAAGUGCAAUCCCCGCCAUGGUGCCUGGAGGCCAAGCAAGCAAGCAGCAGCAGCCAUCAUGUUCAUUGCUUUCAUCUGUGCAGCUGCACAGCACCCUGGGUGGGUUGCACAAGGCCAAUGCUGCUUGGAUCAGGGCUCCCAUGAACUGUGACAUCCUGAAGGUCCCACCAACCCAGCCAUCCUGGGACUCCAUGACCAGGGGCCACGGUAUCUCUGGUGCCUCAUGGCACUUGGGCUCAGCGUGGACCUGCCCUUCUGGUAGUUCCUGCAUGCUGAGGCUACACCAGGCUCUUCCACAGAACCAGGCAUAAUGUUUACUCCCUCCCCCCACCCCAGGGACCUAGACAGCACCCCUGUGCUGUGCAUGAGCUGAGGCCUGGCCCCCAGGGAACAUUCCUGUUCAGCACCAGGAAUGAUAAUUACCUGUGACACAUUUGACCAUCUUUACAGUGACAGCAUCUGGCUUGGUGCCUGAUUCUGAACAAUGACACCCCAAUCCUUCUAACACUUUUAAAAUCCAAACCACCUGUACCACAGGAAUGGAUCUAGGAGGGCAGGAAUGCAGUUCCCCCCUUCCCCUUGACUCUGGAGCUACCCACAAUUUAAAACUAAUGCUCAAUAAAGUUGAUUCUCUUUAUUAUCACCUA